CUUGAUUGUGCUUUACCCCUAUGGAAGGAUUUUUCAUUUUUGAUUUAAUUCUGCUCGCUUUUGUGCGUUUAGUUUCUUGUAAAGAUUGAUACUUUCUGGUCUUUGACGGAUUUUUUUGUGAUAUGUUCCUCUGGAUUAUCCUUUCUUGUUGUUGUUUGAGUAUUCUACAAUUAUUCUGUUACUUAAUUUGUGUAUUUUUCUAUCAAUUGAAAAUUGUGAAAUGGGCAUCCCGUAUCUGGACUCUUGAGCUUGUCGUUUACCAUUUGGGUAAUUUGCUAUUGAAGAUUGCUAGUUUAUUACAAUCUGGGCUCCUCCUUUUACUCCUUAUUUCUAUUUGCUUGAUUUAAUAAUCACUGGUGCUUGUGAUAUUCAUUUGGCUGCUGAAUAUCUCCCUUGUCUCCAACUUACAAUGAUAAAGAUGUUGUUGACUGGAUUCUGGCUACUUUAAUAUACUGUUCUUUGAAAUCUAUUUAGAAAUGUGAUUCAACGUAUUUUGGUUGCGUUUUUUAUGCCAAUUCACUUGCUUUCAAUAUAAUUUCUUCGAAGAUAAUUGCAUUAGUCUGCUUGUAUGCCGAAAAAGUGCUUUAAGUGAACUAGGAGGGAUUAUGGUAGCUUUUCUGGUUGUUCUGAUUAAUGGGGAAUGCUAAGUUUUUGUUCAUUUUUGCUGUAGAAGCUCGUAAACUGAAAAGUAAUGGGAGAGGACUUGAUCCUUGCUGUUGAUCGCCUAAAGAGUCCUGAAUCAUUGCAAUCCACUCAAGGAGUUCAGACCAUUGCUGCUUCUAAAGAGAGUUCUAGUUCCCACUCAGUUGAUCCUUCUGUUUCCAUUUCAACUGUUGAUAUUCAGGAAGAUGAAGGCAUUGGUGGUGAAGAUGAACCCCUAAUCCAAACUGUUGAAUGUCGAAUUUGCCAGGAAGAGGAUAGUAUUAAAAACUUGGAAAUUCCAUGUGCUUGCAAUGGAAGUUUAAAGUUUGCUCAUAGGGAAUGUGUUCAGCGAUGGUGCAAUGAGAAGGGAGACAUAACUUGUGAGAUAUGUCAUCAACCGUACCAACCUAACUAUACUGCUCCACCUCCUAUGCAUCCUGAAGACACAGCUAUUGACAUCAGUGAUGGGUGGACAAUUGCUGGCACUCCUUUAGAUUUGCGUGACCCCGACUUUUAG